CAGUAGGACACACACACAGGUAUGGGGAAGUGUGCAUCGCACCAUUAAACCUCUCUCUCCUGCACUCACAGAACUUCACAUUCUUUUGGGGGCUGGGGGCUGAGCCUCUCUCCCUCUGGCAGGCUCUGGGCUCUGGCUGCUUGUGCAAGGGGGGAGGUGAUGGUGGUUACAGUCUUCUUCUUCUGCUUUCCCCGAGGCUCCCACGGACAGACCUGCACAGCCGCCCUCUCGCAGCCGGGGGCCCUUGGAAUUAGCACCUGCACCCCACAAGACUUGAGGUUCCACAGCAGCACCUUCCUGAGGAUUCUGCUUCCCGCUUCUGAAUGGUUUCCUGACGCCCCUAACAAUGGAAGAUAGCGAAUCGAGCACGCAAGCGCCCGCGGCCCACCAUGGCAUUUCCUUGGCAUCCUCGCCAGUGCGGGCGCUCAUCCGGAUGCGCAGGAAGAUCCGCACGCUGAAAAAGAGCCGGCUCCAGCUGGACCUGACCACGGGGCGCCCUUUGGACAGCGCCAAGGCUUCUUUGCGUCGGCAGAUUUCCACGGACAGGGCGUCCUUAUUUAAGACCACCACCUACGAAAAGCAGCAGUAUUUUAACUUUGACACGCCCACCUUGGAGAAACUGGCGUUAAACAACCAAAUCCGCAAAAAGAACCGCAAGAAGUCCCGGCACGUGCUGUACCCCGGCAACGUCAGGAAGUGCCUCCCCGUCGAGCAGAAGAGCAAGGCCAAGCGGUGCCUCCUACUCUUCAUAGCGAUCGUCUGCUUUCAGAUUUUCAACGCAAUCGAGAACCUGGACGAUAACCUGCAGAAAUACGACUUGGACGGACUGGAAAAGACUCUGCAGAGGGAGGUGUUUGGCCAAAGAAGAGCCAUUGACAAAUUAAUGGACCACCUGAAGGACUAUCUAGCCACGCAUUAUCAUAACAAGCCUUUAGUUCUUUCAUUCAAUGGGCCCAGCGGGGUCGGGAAGAGCCACACCGGCCGACUGUUGGCCAAACAUUUCCGUUCCGUCAUGGAUAACGACUUUGUUCUUCAAUAUUAUACCAUGCACAACUGCCCCGAUGAGAACGACGUCGCAAAGUGCCAAGCGGAGGUGUCUGGAAUGAUAUCGGAGAUGAUCUCCAGGGCGGAGAUUGAGGAAAAGAUCCCUGUGUUCAUAUUCGAUGAGCUAGAGGUCAUGCCCGUGGCGCUGUUAGACGUGUUGCACGGGUACUUCCAGCUCAAUCAGAGCAACGAGUAUCUCAACGCCGUCUAUAUCCUGAUCAGCAAUAUAGGGGGCAACGAGAUUACCAAGUUUGUGCUGCAGAAUUCUUCUAAGGACUUUGUCAACGUCCCCCAGGAACUCCGCCACCUAGUGCUCACCUCCCUACGGAAACAGCAUUUCCUCUGGGACGUUGCCGAAAUCGUUCCUUUUACCCUUUUGGAGAAAAGACACAUUUUGGAUUGUUUCCUUGACGAACUCUUACGGGAAGGGCUUUAUCCGGACCACAGUAACAUCGAGAGCCUAGCGGGCCAGCUCCGGUACUACACUAAGGAAAACAAGGAGUACUCCAUCACGGGAUGCAAACAGGUGGUAGCCAAGGUCAAUCUCUUACAGCCCUAUACAUGAACUGGGGGCUGCCCAAGUGGGACAUACUGCUUGUUUAUAGGUUUGGUUGGUGUCAAUGUAAGUAAUAAAGAAACAUUCCAAUUUGA